AUGAAUCAAAAGAAAAAAAAAAAAACUAAACCUCCUAUAAACUUAGCCACGCUAGAAGACAAAAUACAAAUCCUCAAUUUUAUGAAAGAUGAUUUUGAACAAAUUUUAGGAAAAGAAAAUAAAAUUCAUUGCAUAGUAACCAAUGAGCAUAGCAACAAAGAAGAGAGUACAUUAAAUGAAAAAGAAAAAAUCGAUAUAAUUUUAAAUGAACUGGUUCUAUCCUGUGAAGAAAAAAAAAAUCAGUUAAAUAAAUACAUAAAAACUGCAAACGAAAUAAUUAGUCAAAAUAAUGAUAUAAUUGAAAAUGAAAAGACAGCAAUGGAUAAUGUAAUUUCGGGAAAAAAUCAGGAAAUAUAUUUUAUUCAGCAAAAAAUUGAUACGGCAAAAUGUUUCUACCAGGAUAUAAAUAACGCAAUAAUGCAGCUGUUUGACAAUUUGGACUUAUUUUUAAAAAAUAAAAUAAACGUGGAAUUAAAUAUCCAACAUCUCGCGAAAAUCUCAAAGUCACAUGUAAAAAUAAACAAUCAUCCGAAAGGGAAUAUUACACAAUACUGUAACGAAAAUGUGAAGAGGCAGGGUGUACAGGAAAAAGAGAAUGAUGUGUUUUUACAAAAAUUAAAUCACUCUAUGGAUGAAUAUGAAAAAAAGGUCUACAAUUUUAAAUUGUUUAUGGGAAAAAACGAUUUUCAUGAACAAUCGAAAACCUUAUCACAUGAGAGAGAAAGUAAUACAGGGGUAGACUAUCAUCUUAUGAACAUUCCUCAAAUUGAAAGAAAUAUUUUGAACAAAGAACCGGGCAACAUUAGUGAAAUUGCUCAAAUGGUGAAAGAUAAAAGCAUGAGGUACGGUAAUAAGUACUCUAACAAGACAAAACAGGGGGAAAUAUUGAAUGAUUAUCAUGCGAACGGAAGUGUGGAAGGGAAUAGAAGAUGCUUGAAGGAUAACAGAAUGGGGAAAGAGCAAGAUGAAGAAGAUGAAGUAGACGAGGAAGAUGGAUCAGACGAGGAGGAUGGAUCAGACGAGGAGGAUGGAUCAGACGAGGAGGAUGGAUCAGACGAGGGAGAUGGAUCAGACGAGGGAGAUGGAUCAGACGAGGAAGAUGGAUCAGACGAGGAAGAUGAAGUAGACGAAGAUGAAUCAGACGAGGAAGAUGAAGUAAACGAGAAAGAUGAAGUAAACGAGAAAGAUGAAGUAGACGAAGAUGCGUAUAGAGCAAGCAAGCACAUUGAGGGAAAAAAAACAUUUAAUACACUUGCAGAAUUUAAAGACAGAUCCAGCACGUCGGAACAGAACGAACGAGGAGAGGUGGAAAGGAACAAAAAUAAGUAUACAUACAAAACAUGUGGAAAAAUAAAAAUACUAAGCGAAGCAGAAAAGCAUAUAAAGAGUUUUUCCUCGGAAAUGUAUAAAAAAAUACUAAGUGAUAAUAUGAACGUCCUAAUGGACAAAAUAAAUCAAAUAGAUUAUGAUUACAUAUCUUAUUUUGAAAAAAAAUUAAAAAGUUAA